AUGGAUCCAUACGCCGAGAAUAUGCGCCGUGAUUCCAGCGAAGCGCGAAGACUCGACGAACAGUUUGAUAUUUUGACCGACAACAUCGGGUACCUGAUCCACCCCGCCAUUGCAUCUACAUUGCCCCCAAUAGCCCGCAUCGCCGAUGUGGGCACGGGCACCGCAGAAUUCCUGCACCGACUAGCCCCGGCCUGGCCCAACGCCGUGCUGGAUGGCUACGAUAUCUCCGCAACUCUUUUCCCACCCGCGGACGACCGGCCCCGCGACAUGCACCUGCAGUUGAUGGAUGCGCGCCAGCCCGUGCCCGAGACGCUUUACGGCAAAUACGACCUCGUCCACGUCCGGCUGCUGACUGCCGGCCUUCAGGCCAGCGAGUGGCCGACUGUCGUGCAGAACCUGACCCGGCUCCUUAAGCCCGGUGGCGCGCUACAGUGGGAGGAAUGCAACUUUACCUCGGUGCAACAUCUGCCUGGCCGUCCUGGUGCAACUGUCGACACUGCCCGCGCGAUGGGUCAGAGGUUCAUGGAUGCACUGUGGCCGCAGUUUGCUCAUGGUUGGGAUGCGCUCGAGCCCGAAAUGAAGGCCGCUGGGUUGGUGCGGGUUCAGAAAGAUGUUAUUCCGACGGAUCGGGUGCAUGCCACGCGUGAGCGCUUAACGGUUAAUGGCAUGAGGGCUAUCUUUGGAUGGGCCCGCUUGGUAGCAGACAAGGGGAGUCCUGGGGCUCUGAGUAUGGAACGGCUCGAGGAGUUGGAGCGGCAGGCGUACAAGGACAUCCAGUCGGGCUGCUAUGUGAGGUUCGACGUGCAUGUUGCUUGGGGAUUCCGGCCUGAAGUGUGA